CGGAUCCCUUUCCUUGGUGAUGCCAGGCGCGGGCGGCUCCGCGUGGAAAUCGGACUCCGCUGCCGUCCUCUCAUCUCCCCCGGAGACCGCCCCCCCCCCCCAAAGUCUCCCCUGGCGCUUUUUCUUUCAUUUAAAAAAAAAAAAAAAAAAACAUUUUAAGGAUGUUCGUGGCGGUGGAAAGCCGGCAGCUGUCCGAGAACGACCGCCGGGUUUUGGCCAUGCAGGCCCUGUGCAGGAGCUCCGAGCCGGUGGCCUCCUUCCUCCCGGUGGUGGUGGAGCCCCCCCAGACCCAGCCCCAGCCCCAGCCGCCCCCGCCGCCGCCUGCUGCUGCUGCUGCUGCUGCUGCUGCUGUUGCCCGGCAAGCCGCCCUUCCUGCCUCCUCCACGCGCAGACCCGCCGCCCGCUGGACCGCCAAGCCGCGCACGGGCCCGCAGAUUCAGUCUUCAAGUCGCUCGUCAUGAAGAUCCGCAAGCCCCAAACCACGGCCAGGAUCUUCCAGUCGGGAAUCCUGUUCUGCACAGGAGCCAAGAGCGAGGGCGAGUCCCGGGUGGCCGCCAGGAAGUUCGCCUUCAAAAUCCUCAAGCUGGGCUACCCGGUCCGCUUCCUGGACUUUAAGGUGCUCAACAUCGGCGGCACUUGCAAGACGUUCCCCAUCAACCUGGAGGAUCUGUUCUUGGCCCACCAGGACCACUGCAGUUACGAACCGGAGUUGUUCCCCGCGCUCCAGUACAACUUCCGCCCCGGCAUGACGGCGUCCAUCUUUUCCUCGGGUUCGGUCUCGCUGGUCGGCGCCAAAACGGAGGACGAAUUCUACAGAGCCUUUCGCAGCCUGGACGCCAUCUUGACGGGAUUCCGCAGGACGUGAAGGCCGCCGGGCCUCCCGCUCGCCACGCUGACCUUCUGCUCCCGUCUUAGCGUGUAGCGUCAGCCACAUUUACGUUGCACCGCGAUCCCAAUUUUCGCCCAUUAUCACCUCAAAUUGCGGCAUACAGUCAAAUUAUGAAUAUCGUCAACAAGUGCAAGUUGCAUUGUGAGUGUUGAUGUGUACCUGCUGUCUUCAUGUAAAGAUGGAAUCAUAUAAAAAGUCCCAAGGAAGCAAAAGAAGGUGUCCUU